UGAACGCGUUUCAGGGAGAAGUUUGGAGAGGGUCUUUGUUCUUCCAGCUAUUUCUGGACAGUGCUUGCCCGAAACUGGGAUGAGAACCCUAAAAAUGCAGAGACGCAGACAUCUUCAGUUUCUAAAAUCAAGCCAGUUCCAGGAUAAGGACAGCGGCAGGUGAUAUAAUGCGGAAACCAGGCCCUCAAAAAGCCAUAGACUGGAAGGAUGGUAAAAAGCACAAGUACAGCCGCCCAUCAGAGUCUCCUUCUCAAUACCAAGGUCACUUCACCUGGGAGAAAUACCUGAAGGAGACAUGUGCCAUCCCAGCUCCUGCUCAUUGCUUCAAGCAGUCAUACACUCCACCUACCAAUGAAUUCAAGAUCAGUAUGAAACUGGAAGCCCAGGACCCCAGGAAUACCACCUCCACUUGUAUUGCUACCGUGGUGGGUCUGACAGGUGCACGCCUCCGCCUGCGUCUCGAUGGCAGUGAUAACAAGAAUGACUUCUGGCGGCUGGUGGACUCGGCUGAAAUCCAACCCAUAGGAAACUGUGAGAAGAAUGGAGGGAUGCUGCAGCCUCCCCUGG